AUGCAUCCGGCUUCCAGCUUGACUGAGGCCUCGCCCAACACUAGUGACGAUUUGCGCCCUGUGUCACGCUUGCCUGCAAGCCCCGACGCCCAUCUGACUCUGAACGCCAUCUCCGAGGACAAUGUCCUACAACCGGACGGCGCCUCUCCGCCGGUGCGGAAAGACACUAGCUCGUCGAUAUCGACUUCAGCAACCCUCGGGAACUCGACAACGCUCGGUACGGAAGAUACACCUGGGACUCCGUACAGCAGCGUAGCUUCGUCGCCUACUACCUUCGCCGCCCAAGCUGUCUUUUCUGCCAGGGACGGAAGUAAUGUGACCCCACAGCGCCGUGCAAGUCGGCGUCGGACCGGCCCCCUGACGGCCGUUCAGCGCGAGCGCGCCCACUUAAUCAGGAAGAUGGGUGCUUGCUCUGACUGUCGCCGGAGGAGAGUUGCAGACGCUGCGAAGAGGUUCAGGUCACAUGAGGCCUCCUCCCAAGGGCUCUCUCCAAUAAUAGGGCCUCAAAUCAGUCCUGCGCCGCUGAACACGAGAGCGUCGUUUUCUCAGGACUCCCGGGACAUGGACAUAGAUACUUCCCCCACACAACAGCACCCCCAGCCGUCCUUAAACGAGUCACGCAUCAGGACCCCUCUUCCGUCUGGCCCACGCGCUGACAAGCACGUCAACCUGCCGCCCCUCCCCGGAUUCGAUAACUUUAGAGCGGACCUCCAAGGAAGUGCCGAUCGGAUUCUAGAAAGCCCUUUCCGCAGUCGUUAUGCCAACGUCUCGGUUCUCAUGGUCCGGUGGCAGGACGACGAGGACGCCGGGGCUCAGAGUGCUCUCAACGAUCUAGCUAAGACAUUCCACGAAAACUAUCACUACACCGUUCACAUUAAGACGAUUCCGACAUCGACGGAGGAGUCGAGGACUCCCUGGCUGUGGUUAUCCCAGGCGGUCGCAGACUUCAUCGCGGAUCACAACCAGCGCGACUGUCUAAGGAUAUUUCAUUAUACUGGGUAUAGCUACUUGGACAGUGACCGGGAGAUGCUUCUCGCAAGCUCCAAGCACGCCGACCCUGCCUCGGCCAUCCGAUGGAGCGGCAUUCAGUCGUUUUUCGAAAAUGCCCGCUCAGACGCUCUCCUCCUCAUGGAUUCAGCGACCGAGCGACCACCUCGCGCGGCGUUACUGCUAGGAAUUGGUACAAACUGGCACAUUGACGAGUGCCUCGCCGCUAGGCCGACGGACACAGACUGCCUGUAA